UCCUGAUAUUUCCCUCCGUCGACACACCGUACGUCCUGAAGAGGGCUAGGGGAAUUGUUCUUGUACAUGAGAAGCCAUGGCAGCAGAGCUAGACAUAGCAUAUAGGUACAAGACCAGACCUUCAUCUCUCUUGAGCUCCAUUUUCAUGUCCACCUUGAACGCUGCAGCGAAGACGCUCGUUUCCGUGGCGAGAACCGAGCAGGCGGAGAAGUGGAAGGCGAAGGACCACCUACGGUUCAUGGUGAUGCUGAUGACUUGGAUGGCGGUGUGGGUUCUUAGGUUUUUGAUGGAUUACUUGCCUUGCUCAAUUGGCCCUUCUCCUCGAUAUCUCCUUGGCUUCUCCUCUGCCGAAUCGUUGGACUUUUCGUCAACAUCCUUGUCAUCAUCUUCCUCUUCCAUGUUGUCUUCCUUUCCUUCCUUGGAUUUAGUUGUUCAUGAAGGUGUUGAAGGAUCCUCUGUCCAAGCCCUUGGUAGGGCACUCUCACAAAUCCUUGUGCUCCUCACCGAAAUCCCAGCCACGUCGGGGAAAUACCAGUUUGCGAUGGCUAUGGCCGACAGGAUAAUGGACGAGAACGCAAGAUACGGCCACGAGGUGCUUCUCCACAUCAAUCGUACGGCUCUCGCUUCGGCAUUCUCCCGCACGUCAAACCUUCUAUACCGAGCACUGGAACGCUCCCAAGGUGAUCAAGACGAUGACAACAGCUCUUAUGCAUGGGCCACGCGCGUCAUCCGGGCGCUGCCCAUGGGUACCUACUUGACAUCCUACAUGAAAGGGCUGCGCGUUUGCAUGAGCGCUAUAAUGUCGACUGUGGCAAAUAUCAAUGCCGCCGUAGGCACGUAUCAGUCGCAGAAGAGGAGGAGGCAAGUUGGGGUAGAUCAUCAUGUGGAGGAGGUGACGGCAGAGAAGCUGGCUCAGGAGCUGCUGUGGAUGACCACAAAGCUUAGGGAUUAUGGAGCUGUGGAUGAAGCUUUGGUGCAAUGGAGCUUUGCCUCUGGUUUAGCCUCCUUCUCUCUUACUGCUAAUGUUAGGGUUCAAGGCUUCAUUGUGAAGAUCUCAGCUAUAUUAUUUCGAGAGCUUGUUGGAGAAGACCUGGUGAUUUCCAGCCAAAUAAAGUUCAGGAUACUGUUGUUUUGGCUUCCAUUGUUUUGCCAUGCAAGCAACGGGCUGGCAUAUCCUGUCCUGUCAAGGUUUGAAAAGAUGGAAGUAGAAAGAGCCAUAGAUGAAGCACUCUCCACCUUACCUGCAGCGGAUCAAGAAGUCAUUCUCACUAAUUGGCUGCAAGAUUUUACCAUUGCUGCUUCGGAUUGGCCCAAUCUUCAAUAUUCUUACGAUCGUUGGUGCCAAUCUAGUCGUAAAGUUGUGACAUAGGAUUUGUGCAUACAUUUGUAUAUCCGGAUCGAGGACCAAAUAAAUAACGCCUCAUAUAUAUUGCUCGUUUUUCUUUUCUUCUCUAGCUUCCUCUCUUUAGUGCAAGAACAUAUAUAAUAAUUCAGCUUCUCUAA